CCGCACCCCACCUCAGCACCGCUCAGGAUGCCCCACGCUCUUGCCGAGUUCCGUGCUCCUGCUAAGGCAGCGCCUCCGUCUCCUUCCAGCCACCAUCAUGAUCAUCUACCGGGACCUCAUCAGUCAUGAUGAGAUGUUCUCCGAUAUCUACAAGAUCCGGGAGAUCGCAGAUGGGCUGUGUCUGGAGGUAGAGGGGAAGAUGGUCAGUAGGACAGAGGGUAAUAUUGAUGACUCGCUUAUUGGUGGAAAUGCCUCUGCUGAAGGCCCUGAGGGCGAAGGUACCAAAAGCACAGUAAUCACUGGUGUUGACAUUGUCAUGAACCAGCACUUGCAGGAAACCAGCUUCACAAAAGAAGCCUACAAGAAGUACAUCAAAGAUGACAUGAAAUCAAUCAAAGGGAAGCUUGAAGAACAGAAACUAGAAAGAGUAAAGCCUUUUAUGACAGGGGCUGCAGAACAAAUCAAGCAUAUCCUUGCCAAUUUCAAAAACUACCAGUUCUUUAUUGGUGAAAACAUGAAUCCAGAUGGCAUGGUUGCUGUGCUGGACUACUGUGAGGUUGGUGUGACCCCAUAAACGAUUUUCUUUAAGGAAGGUUUAGAAAUGGAAAAAUGUUAACAAAUUGGGCAAUUUGGCACCAUCACCUGUUAUUGUAACUGCUGCUUUUCAUCCACACACCAAGACUAGGACAAAUGGGACUGAUGUUAUCUUGAGCUCUUCAUUUAUUUUGACCUUGAUUCAUUUGGAGCGGAGGCAUCAUUUUUAAGAAAAAAAGAUGUCAUGUAGGUUGUCUAAAAAUAAAAUGCAUUUAAAUUCAAAAAAAGAAAAAAGAAAGAAA